AUGGCCCGCCCCUCAUCCACCGGUGGCGGUGAUGGCAUCUCGAUCUGGACGGCCCCAGAAAUGCCCGCCCCCCAUCAUCGUUCAUUACUUCAUUCGCUCGGUCGCCUCGUCGGCCAUUGGCGAGCUGGAUGGGCAGAUGCCUGUUUCUGCGCCCGCACUGCUGCCACCCGUCACAAGACGUGUCGAGUCCAGGAAGCAGAGUCACGGUUCAGCGACCGACCGGACCAAGGGCAAGGGCUAUGCACUAUCCAUCCAACUCCUUUUGUCCCGUACCACGUCGGUAGCGGGCUUCUGUGUGCGUUCGGGCAGUCUGGACGAUCGGAAUGGCUGUGCAUGCACGGUACUAGCUGGAAACAUGUGACGAACGCACAAUGCGACAAUGGCACCAAACAGGAGUAUAGUAGUACCCAAAAAAUGUGGAAGAAAAGCGCGGGUACGUACUACUUGCUCAUCCACUCCCGCCAAAAAAAUGUGGAAGAAAAGCGCCUCCCGCCAAAAAUGUGGAAGAAAAGCGCGGCCAAUAGAAUUCCUCCUAAACUAGCUAUGCGAGCUGUGAGCUGUGAGAGUUACGUGAGCUGUGAGAGUUAUGAGAGUUAUGUGAGCUGUGAGAGUGUUUCUGGAAGAAGGUGGCCGCCACGGCCGCGCUAG